UAAAUACAGUGACUUCUUUCUUGACACAUUAUUAAAGAGAAAUAAUUUUCUAGUAUACAGAAUAAAUACAAUUAAUCCCAAAUAAGCACGGUGACAUCAAUAAAAGACAAUAAUAAAAACAAUUGUUAAUAAUUUUUUUCAUCAGCAUCCUUCAAAACUAGGGCAAAUAUAGAAUAGAAAUAAAGAAUACGUCCUCACUAUGGCGGAGAUAACAUCUGAAAUGUUAAUUACAAGUCCUCGGAAGUUGCAAGAAAUGGCGAUGCCGUCAACUGAAGGUCACGAUGUUACAAAUAUCAGUGGAAUCAGCAUGAAGCAGUAUGAAGAACAGUUAAACGGAUUGCGGAAGGAGAAUUUUCACUUGAAAUUGAGGAUUUAUUUUUUAGAAGAAAAACUCGGCAACGGAUCCCCGCCCGCGGUACAAGGUCUCUUAGAGCACAACGUUCGAUUACAAGUAGAAGUGGAAGAGUUACGACGGCAAUUAACUGACAAGCAGGAGCUGCUCGCGGCCGCAGCUGAGGCCAUCGACGUUCUAGAGCAGCAGGGUUCAGUCUCGACCGACAGUAUGGAGGUGUCCAUGAACAAUAGCGCUUCGAUGAAAAAGGCCGCCGAUCCACAUGACGAGACAACAGAGAAGCGGGAUGCCGUCGACGAUACGUGUGCGGAAUCGGAGUCUGCAGGUGAUUACUUAGCGGUGACAGUGAACAAUGAGGAUUUGGACGAACUCAUGAAAUUGAGACGCGAAAACCGUAAAGCUUUACAGAUGAUUAAAGGAUGUAUGAAAAAAAUACAGCAGCAGGAUAAAGAGAUUAAGAAGAUUAAAUUGGAUAAGGAAUUGGCAUACGCCCACAUAAGUGACUCGCAGCUGGAGAAGUAUGAAGAGAUAUUAAAGUGUAAAGAUGAACACAUCAGAGAUUUGGAAAUCAAGAUUAAAGAUUUGCAGAAGAACUUUGACACAACGCAACACUUUGAAAAUUCAGGGAAUCUUCAACAAUUAUUGACCCGACGACUACAAGGACUUGCUUAUUUCUUGGACAAAUUACUGUCCCACAAAUGCGUGUUAGGUGAAGAUAAGAAGAAAUUAGCCGAAAGUAUUCUUGAGCAAAGCUUAGCUCUACCUGUGGGACUAGAGCUAGACGAAUCUAUGGCUCCAGAUGAACUAACAAUGGACGAGAGUAACCUGGAUAUGUCGCAAUCGAUGAGAAUUGAAGAUUUGACCAUGAUGUUCGGACACCACGUAAUGUGCAGCGAAGACAACAAGAAUUUCACGUCGACAAAGAUGCCGAAAAGGUUCCCCCCAGCCGACAUGGUGUCCGAGUCGGAAUGCUGGUCAGAGCCUGACAGAAAAGUAUCUCUCGCUAGAGUCGGUCUCUGCGACACCGGCGUCGCCCUCGUACACUCCUCUUGUGAACUAAACAGAGCUCGCUACCGGAGAGCUAGAAUCUCUCACGGAUCUCGCUCCGAGGACACGAAGACUAAUGACGUAGCCGUCAUCGAAGAAAUCGCUCAGCUCACUAAAUACAACGAAAAAUUGGAAGAAGACAAUAUUGAUUUGCGUGGAAAACUUGAAUCACUUAAAAAGCAAAUUGAAGACCUAACUUCAGAAAACGACGAAUUAAAAUCGAAUUUGUCAUCUGAACGUUUUAAAUUAUUGGAGGCAAACGACAACGAACAGGCUUUGAAAAAAACACUUGUAGGUCUAGAGCUACAGACGAAGGAAGUCGAACAAAAACUCGCCGAGGCCUUGCAAGUGACAGAGAGAUUACGAAGCGAACGCCAUGAGCUAGAGGAGACGUUUAUGGAGACAGAACGAUCUCUGAGAAGAGCUGCCGAUGAGGCCGCGGUCCAAGCCUCACAAGCCGCACUGGAACGCGCUAGAGCUCAACACGAUAGAUUACGUAUCGAGAGAGAGUUAGAUGAAACUAGAGAAAAAUUGGUAACAGCCAUGGAAACCAAUUCUCGGUUGGAAAUCGAAGUUGCACGCAAAGCAGCCCUAGAAGUCGAAGAAGAAGUCCCCAUUAUGCCUCACGAAAUUCAUUUAGAAGACAGACCAACGUCUCCUGAUCAAGGAAUAGAUAGCGACAGAUUAUCCAGUCUCGAACAGAAUGACGCUAUAGCUUUAUCUCCACGUUCCUUGUAUGAGGAAAAUAUUACUCUCAAACAAAAACUAGCAAGAACGAAGGCUACACUAGCUGAAACUCUCACACAGUUAAACGCCGCAAAUUUACGGAAGAGGAGUGUUCAGCGCGCAAUUUGUAGAGAGAUACACAAAACUCAAGGUGUUCUACGGAAGGCUAGAGAUCAGUUCGAAACUCAUAGUAAUAUGUAACGAUUAUUUCAGUUUAUCAUAAUAUGGUAACUUUGCUAUCAAUAACAUGCUAUUCAUCAUAAAAUUAUGGAAAACCCUAAUUUUAAAAGUUACUUUGGUCUGCUCAUUUUAAUGUUAAAUUUAAAAUAAAAACGUGGUCCAUUUUUGUAAAUUAAAUCAAAAUGGUAGUUGUUGACUUUAAUCUGUCAUAAAUUACUUUAAUAAGCGUGUAUAAUAUAAAUUCCUUAUUUUGUACUAAUAUCUGUGAUUUAAUACGCCAAGCUGGUGCCAAAUUUAUCUUUAACAGGAUUCAACAAUCUACGAAGUCUGCAAAUACAUAAUUUGUGUUAUCUAGCUGACUCUUAGUUAUUACACAAGGUUUUACUUUGUAAAAAUAAUUUUAAUAAAAUAAAU